GGAGGAGUGAUAGGGAAAGGCGGCAAAUAAAAAAUGGAGAAUGGAGAAGGUGGCACUGUGAUGCGAUGGUUUCCAUUUUGCUCCGAUUUUGGGGAACCACCGAAGCAAACUAUUCAAAUUCAUGCCGAUAACACGCCAGCUGUUUCACUCUUUCUUUUUUGUCCCUUUUCGUUCUUUUUAUUUUACUCUCUUUUUUCAUCACUUCCUUCUCUUGAUCUUUCUCCUACACAGACAUGUUUUAUUAACAGAUUUAGGUCUUAACUUGAUUGGAUCUCGUUUUCGCCGUUGAUUACUCAUGGAGAUCCGUGCCGAUGCAGAUACCAGUUCCUUUUCGAGUUUGUUCGCAGCUGUGUCGUAUGGAAUUGCCUCAAUGGCCAUGGUUUUUAUCAAUAAGGCUGUUCUUAUGCAGUAUGCACACUCAAUGACUCUCCUCACUUUGCAGCAACUCGCUACCACCUUGCUUAUACACUUUGGUAGAACAAUGGGAUACACAAAAGCGAGAGGAGUGGAUAUGACGACGGCGAAGCAACUGCUUCCUGUUUCAAUUUUCUAUAAUGCCAAUGUUGCUUUUGCCUUGGCAAGUUUGAAAGGAGUCAAUAUCCCAAUGUAUAUUGCAAUUAAAAGGCUUACGCCUCUUGCUGUACUUAUUGCUGGGUGUUUCUCUGGAAAAGGGAGACCUACAACUCAGGUGACUCUUUCAGUGUUAUUGACUGCUGCUGGAGUUCUCAUUGCUGCCCUUGGAGAUUUUUCCUUUGACCUUUUUGGGUACAGCAUGGCCUUCGUUUCUGUCUUUUUCCAGACCAUGUACCUUGUGCUGGUGGAAAAAUCUGGAGCUGAGGACGGACUUUCAUCUGUGGAAAUUAUGUUCUAUAACAGUUUUUUAUCUCUUCCAUUUUUGAUGUUUCUCAUCAUAGCCACUGGGGAAUUCCCAUAUUCUUUAUCAGUAUUAUUUGCAAAGAGUUAUUCUUUUUCAUUUUUGGUGAUCCUUAUUCUUUCGUUGGUGAUGGGCAUCGUUCUCAACUUCACCAUGUUCUUGUGUACAAUCGUUAAUUCAGCUUUAACUACAACUAUUGUUGGCGUUCUCAAGGGUGUUGGUUCCACGACCCUUGGUUUUGUCUUACUGGGUGGUGUUCAAGUCCAAGCUUUGAAUGUGACUGGAUUGGUUAUCAAUACUGCUGGUGGGGUGUGGUACUCAUACGCUAAAUAUCAGCAGAAAAAAAAUAAGACGGUGAAGCCAGUAACAGAUGCGGAGGCGGCUCAUCGUAGAUAGAAGAGGCGUUGAAGAGUUACAGUGAAAACUAACAGUUACAGAAUUAUUUCUUUAGUUUGAUUUACUGUGAUUGUAAAUUUUUGUUUUGCCCCCUACAGUAAUUACAGGCUCACAUAGUCUGAGCCUCAGAGGUAGUAAUACUGACACGAUAUUCAGAGUUGAGUAAAAUAAUUGUAAUUUUAUUAUUCUAAACUGUACGGUAAUAUUGUAGGUGGUCUCUACUCUUUAUUUUAUGCUGUGUUUUCUGAACAUAGAAAUUCAGAAUUGUUGAAAGUGCUGUGGUAUAGUGUGUUACAAACAGCAAGGCAUAGUUCUGGCCUUGCAUUUGUGUUUUGGUUUGUAAUGACUUUUAAAUGCUUAUUCUAUUACAUUUAAUUACGCCCUGUGACAUUGAAGUCCGUGCACCU